CUCCGCACCUCCCAGCAGCUCAUCCUGUUGUGGCUCAAUCCCGUGCAGUUCCUCAGCGGUGCCUUUGGCUACAGCCCACUGCAUACUUUCUUGGACAGAUUCAUCUAUGAGUACCUGAAGGACCUAGAAGAAGUCAUUGAAACUCUGAUGGGGAGGCUGGAAGAUGGCAGCCCCCAGACUGGGGAGAUCUCCAGGCAGACCUACAGCAACCUGAACAUCGACUUGUACAACGAUGACACACUGUUCAAGUACUACAGGCUGCUCUACUGCUUCCGGACAGACAUGGACAAGUUCGCAACAUUCCUGCGCAUUGUGAAGUGCCGCUCUGUGGAGGACAGCUGUGGCCUCUAGCUGCCAGGUGGCAUCCCUGACACCCCUAGCCCAGUGCCUCUCCUGGACCAAAAAAGUGGCACUCCAGUGUUCACCAG